CUGUCCAGAAGCUUAUUAAAUUUUGAGAAGUCAUUAUUAAGUUUUUUAAGAGUUCCUGAACCUUUGAGGAUCGUCACAUCAUUAUCAUAACUUUUAUCUAUCAGUAUACAUCUUGUACAGAAGUUGAACAAGUAAUAGCUACAUAUUAUAACACUAGACGAAUAAAAAUAUGAAGAACGUAGGGCACUAUUUAACAAUGCUGUGUAUACUUUGUGCAUGUACAUGUGGUGGAAAGACUGAAUGUGUGAAUAAAGCUCGAAUAUCAGUGAUUGAAGAUUUAGAUCAACAAGAAUGUACUGAUAAGCUAAAGAAAUACAUUGUUCCUGAAAAACAAGACCAAAUGACUGAACGGAAGAGGGAAUUUUUGUAUGGAGGAUUUAAUUUUGAAAUAACCACAUUUACGACAUGCAAUAGUGAGAGUCACACCUUAAAGGCUGUUUUUCAAACUAUAGUUGAAAGUGAAACGGAGUGUUUACAACCACCAUUUUUUUUAGGUUUCAUUGGACCAAAUCAUGAAAGCCUUCUGAAUGCAUCGCUAAAAGUAACUUCAGCAUUAAGAAUACCACACAUUGUUGAUACUCCAGUGAAGAGGUCACAUAUAUUCUUUCUAGGUGAAUCAAAGUAUAAAUUCGUCUUGAAGGGUCUACUGACAUUGAUAAGUGUUCUGGAAUGGAAAUCAUUUUCUGUCAUUGUUAAUACGGAGAACUUUGAAUUGAAAAAUUUAGCUAAGUCAUUUAUAGAUGAAGCAUUGGCUAACAACUUUUGUGUUUUGACAGAUACAGAUGAUUCUACAUUUGUGAUGUACAUCGGGGUAGAAAAUAAUAACUACUUCUCUCAGCUAAAGAACGCAUCUGUAAUAUGGAUUGGUACUGAUAAUGUAAAUGUUAGACUGUCAAACACAAGUUCAAAUAGUUUCUUUAUGAUGGUGGAUUUAUUAUACGAUGAUCAAAUUUCACAACCAACGUUAGGAACAUCUGAAAUGUUUGGUGAAAAAACGAGAGAAAGGACAAGUUAUUUGCAUUAUAAUUUUACGCAGGAAGCCAUCUCAACCUAUGUCAAAGCAUUGACAUUACUAUGCAAAAAUAGUAAUUGUAUUACUGAGAAAAAUGCUGAAAAUUGGAGUAAUUACAUUACACAAGCUAUUCUUUUAAAAGAUUAUGGUACGAUUACCAAAAAUAAGAAGUUGUUUUUUACGGUACAAGAAAUCAAUCAAGAAAAAAAAGGUGUUGGAAGAAUCUUUGUAGAAAAUAAUAACUUUUAUGUCAAGUGGAAUAAUGAACUAGUAAAUUUAAAAAACUUGAGUUUUAAUGCCGAUAUAAAGACUUUAAAAAACUUUUUCAAUCACGGUGAUUCUAAUAUUGAUUGCGUAACUAAAAAAAAUUUAAAGAAAAAGUUUCACAAAGAUCAUCCUAUUUUGCUUAAGUCAGAUGAUGCAAUUUUCCCUGAAGAGAGUCACUCAGAGUGGUGGAGAAUGGUAGCUACAGUAACUGGCCUUGGUGUUUCUAUGUUCACCAUCGGAUUUUUUGCUGUUUAUGUAGUAUAUACAAAUAUUCGAGGCGCUACAACUACAAAAGAACUGAUCAAAAAUAAUGUUACUCGUGAUUCAAGUUUUAAAAGGGUUGGAAGUGACAGGCAUGAGCCUUCCAGCAUCAAUCAAAAUCACAGAGCAGUUACAAGCUUGCAACGACGGGAUAGUAGAAGUAGUAUUAGAAGUAAUAGUAAUUUGUCAGAAAAGAGUGUGUAACGACUUUCAUAAUUUGUUCUCACAAUUGCCUAUUUUGUAGUAUAUAUCCUUUCUCAUAAAUAAAAAUACUUACAAAUACUUAUAGUAUUUUAAA